AUGCAGGCCAAAAAACGCUACUUGAUCCUGCUCUCUGCCAGCGCUUGUCUGGCGCUUCUCUACCUCGGAGUUGUUCCGCUUCCGACCGCGAGCAAGCACCGGCAUGAAAGCAGCCGUCACGGGCACCGACCCGAUCACCCGUGGCCUCACUUCUCGGACCGUUUACACCCGUUUGCGCCCCGGGACCAGAGUGACACCGAGGAGUAUAACGUGCACACAUCCGUGAAGCACGAUCGGGACGUGAACACGAGUGUUUACAAAGGCAAACGGUGCCGAAUGGACUCCUGUUUUGACUUUUCCUUGUGUAAAAAGAACGGAUUUAAAGUUUAUACUUACCCGCAACUAAAAGGGGAGAAGAUCUCAGAGAGUUAUCAGAACAUUUUGUCCACGAUUGAGGGCUCCAGGUUUUACACCUCGGACCCCGGUCAGGCGUGUUUGUUCGUGCUGAGUUUGGACACCCUCGACCGGGAUCAACUGUCUCCACAGUACGUCCAUAACUUGAAGAGCAAAAUUCAGAACUUGCCUCUGUGGAACGAUGGCAGGAACCAUCUUAUAUUUAAUUUAUAUUCUGGGACGUGGCCGGACUAUACGGAAGAUUUGGGUUUUGACAUCGGUCAGGCAAUGCUGGCUAAGGCCAGCAUCAGCACGGAGAACUUCAGACCCAAAUUUGAUGUUUCCAUCCCACUUUUCUCCAAGGAGCACCCGAGGACCGGCGGAGACAGGGGUUACUUGAAAUAUAACUCCAUCCCACCUUUUCGAAAGUACAUGCUUGUUUUCAAGGGGAAGCGCUACCUGACCGGUAUCGGUUCGGACACCAGGAAUGCCUUAUACCACGUUCACAAUGCAGAGGAUGUGGUGCUCCUCACAACAUGCAAGCAUGGCAAAGACUGGCAGAAGCACAAGGACGCACGCUGUGACAAGGACAACGCAGAGUAUGACAGGUACGACUACAAAGAGAUGCUUCACAACUCCACCUUCUGCCUAGUACCCCGAGGCCGAAGGCUGGGCUCAUUUCGUUUUCUCGAGGCCCUGCAGGCCGCGUGCGUGCCGGUGAUGCUUAGUAACGGCUGGGAGCUGCCUUUCUCCGAGAUCAUCAACUGGAAUACGGCGGCAGUCAUCGGUGACGAGAGGCUCCUGCUGCAGAUUCCCACCACGGUGCGUUCCAUCCACCAGGAUAAGAUCCUGUCACUUAGGCAGCAGACACAGUUCCUUUGGGAGGCCUACUUCUCCUCUGUGGAAAAAAUAGUGCUGACCACACUGGAGAUCAUCCACGACCGGGUUUUGGAACACAGGUCCAGGAGCACCCUCAUGUGGAAUAGUCACCCCGGGGGGCUUUUUGCUCUCCCACAAUACUCAAGCUACCUUGGAGACUUCCCUUUCUUCUAUGCCACAUUGGGUAUUAAACCACACCCAAAGUUCACAGCUGUUAUCCACGCCGUCUCAAAUCUGGUGUCCCAGUCCCAACCCAUCCUCAAGCUGUUGAUGGCAGUGGCCAAGUCCCAGUACUGUGCACAGAUCGUUGUUCUGUGGAACUGUGACAAGCCCCUCCCCGCCAAGCACCGCUGGCCUGCCACCUCUGUACCCGUCGUUGUCAUCGAAGGGGAGAAUAAGGUGAUGAGCAGUCGCUUCUUCCCCUACGAGACCAUCGUGACCGAUGCCGUCCUCAGUCUGGAUGAAGACACGGUGCUGUCCACCACAGAGGUGGACUUUGCCUUCACCGUGUGGCAGAGUUUCCCCGAGCGAAUUGUCGGCUAUCCCGCACGCAGCCAUUUUUGGGACGGCAACAAGGAGCGUUGGGGUUACACCUCCAAGUGGACCAAUGACUACUCCAUGGUGCUAACAGGCGCUGCCAUCUACCACAGGUAUUACCACUACCUGUACACCAACUACUUGCCGUCUAGUCUCAAAAGUAUGGUGGACCAACUGGCCAACUGUGAGGACAUCCUAAUGAAUUUCCUGGUCUCUGCCGUCACCAAGCUACCGCCGAUCAAGGUCACGCAGAAGAAACAGUAUAAGGAAACCAUGAUGGGACAGUCUUCAAGAGCAUCCCGCUGGGCCGACCCGGACCACUUUGCUCAGCGGCAGACGUGCAUGAACAAGUUUGCCAGCUGGUUUGGCGCCAUGCCGCUGGUUCGCUCCCAGAUGAGACUCGAUCCGGUCCUGUUCAAGGACCAGGUGUCCAUCCUACGCAAGAAAUACAGGGACAUCGAGAGGCUCUGA